AAGAUAAAAUGGACGAAAAUACUAUUCCAGAAUAUCAUUAUGCAAAAAUUGAAGAAAAUUCAACAAGAUUGAAGUCUCCAACAGCUUAUGACAUAAUCAUAUACAAAUUUGAUCAUGAGUUUCUUAUUAACCAUAAGAAUAGAAGAAAGUUGGACUCAAAGUCAGAAGAACGCUUAACAAUAGAAAGGAAAAACAGAAAAUUCCUUGAGGAAUAUCAUAAAGUAUAUGAGUUAAUAACUUACUGGUAUGGUUAUUAUUUGAAUCAAGGUAUUGCUGAUAAAGGAAUUGCUGGUGCUCAAUUGCGUUAUGCAUUUUUAUUAAUAGAAAAUAAAACUAUAAAAGACAUACAAGCAUUUAUUAAUUAUCUUAAUCAGUCCGCUGAAAAUGGUAACAAUAUAGCUCAAUAUAAUUUAGGUAACAUUUAUUAUUUUGGUAAAUUUAAGGUUCCAGUAGAUAAAGAGAAAGAAAAAUCACCAAUCCAAGGUUUUUCUAAAGAUGAGUUAGAAGAAAAAAUUAUUGAAACUGAUGAGAAAAUAAAGAAUUACAAUUUGUACUUAAAAAAAUUUUUUAAAGAAAAAAGUAAAUAUGAAAAAGAAUUAAUGAAGCAAACAGAAGAAGAACGCGUUAUGAGAAGGAAUAAAGUAGAAAAUAGGCUUAAAAGAAAAUUGAAAUAUUAUGAUCAAAUUAAGAAAUACAGAAAAUAA